AUGUCCGCCGGCCAAGCCUACAACGAGGAGAAGGGCGGCUCUUCCAGCCUGGGGGAGCCGGAGUACGGGCACGAUCCGGCCAGCGGGGGGAUCUUCUCCUCGGAUUACAAAAGACAUGAUGAUCUGAAGGAGAUGCUGGACAGCAACAAGGAUUCCUUGAAGCUGGAAGCUAUGAAGAGGAUUGUGGCAAUGAUUGCUCGUGGCAAGAACGCAUCAGACCUCUUUCCAGCCGUGGUCAAAAACGUGGCCUGCAAGAAUAUAGAGGUGAAGAAGCUGGUUUAUGUCUACCUUGUCCGGUAUGCAGAAGAACAGCAAGAUUUAGCAUUAUUAUCCAUCUCUACUUUCCAGCGAGGACUCAAGGAUCCCAAUCAGCUGAUUCGAGCCAGCGCCCUCCGGGUCCUCUCCAGCAUCCGUGUCCCCAUCAUUGUCCCCAUCAUGAUGCUGGCCAUCAAGGAGGCAGCAUCGGACAUGUCUCCGUAUGUGCGCAAAACUGCAGCUCAUGCCAUUCCCAAGCUGUACAGCCUUGAUUCAGACCAGAAAGACCAGUUAAUUGAGGUCAUUGAGAAGCUGUUGGCUGAUAAGACCACGUUGGUGGCUGGCAGCGUGGUGAUGGCAUUUGAGGAAGUCUGCCCUGAGCGCAUUGACCUUAUUCACAAGAACUACCGCAAGUUGUGCAACCUGCUGAUCGAUGUGGAGGAAUGGGGCCAGGUGGUGAUCAUUAACAUGCUGACUCGCUAUGCCCGCACGCAGUUCCUCAGCCCCAACCUGAACGAAUCUCUCCUGGAGGAGAGCGCUGAGAAAACCUUCUAUGGAUCCGAAGACGAGGAUGCCAAAGAUGACAAGGCCAAGUCCACACCCUUGGCAAAGCGCAAGCCUUACGUGAUGGAUCCCGACCACCGCUUACUCCUACGCAACACCAAACCGCUCUUGCAAAGCCGCAAUGCUGCGGUGGUGAUGUCAGUUGCUCAGCUCUACUUCCAUCUUGCUCCCAAGGCUGAGGUUGGGGUCAUUGCUAAGGCCCUGGUGCGUCUGCUGAGGAACCACAGUGAGGUUCAAUAUGUGGUUCUUCAGAACGUGGCCACCAUGUCCAUCAAGCGAAGGGGAAUGUUUGAGCCCUACCUCAAAAGUUUCUACAUCCGAUCGACUGAUCCCACCCAGAUUAAGAUCCUCAAGCUGGAAGUUUUGACCAACUUGGCUAACGAAACCAACAUUUCUACCAUUUUACGGGAAUUUCAGACUUACAUCCGGAGCAUGGAUAAAGACUUUGUGGCUGCCACAAUCCAGGCCAUCGGCCGUUGCGCCACCAACAUCGGCCGAGUGCGGGACACAUGUCUCAACGGACUAGUUCAGCUGCUGUCCAACCGAGAUGAGCUGGUCGUGGCUGAGUCGGUGGUGGUCAUUAAAAAGCUUCUACAGAUGCAGCCAUCUCAACACAGCGAGAUCAUCAAGCAUAUGGCUAAGCUGACAGAUAACAUCCAGGUUCCCAUGGCCCGGGCUAGCAUCUUAUGGCUGAUUGGUGAAUACUGUGAACAUGUGCCCAAGAUUGCCCCAGAUGUUCUGCGCAAGAUGGCCAAGUCCUUCACCAGCGAGGAGGACAUCGUGAAGCUGCAGGUGAUCAAUCUGGCAGCCAAACUUUAUCUGACAAACUCUAAGCAGAGUAAGCUGCUGACUCAGUAUGUGCUGAACUUGGCCAAGUACGAUCAGAAUUAUGACAUUCGGGACCGUGCCCGUUUCAUCCGCCAGCUCAUUGUACCCACUGAGAAGAGUGGUGCCCUCAGCAAGUAUGCCAAGAAGCUUUUCCUGGCACAAAAGCCUGCUCCCAUUUUGGAGUCCUCUUUCAAAGAUCGUGACCACUUCCAACUGGGCUCCCUUUCACACCUCUUGAACGCAAAAGCGGUGGGCUACCAGGAGCUUCCCGAUUGGCCAAAUGAAGCUCCAGAUCCGUCUGUGCGCAACGUGGAGGAAGACUCCAUUGAUCGUAGAGGAAGCCACAUUGGGCUACUGGGUGGACCCAAAGAGGUCCCGGAAUGGACCAAGUGCAGCAGUCGUGAGAAGAGGAAGGAGAAGGUGGAGAAGCCUUUCUAUUCGGAUUCAGAGGGGGAAUCUGGAGCCACGGAAUCUGCUGACAGUGAGCCUGAGACCAUGAGUGGAUCUGAAAGUGGAACGGAGAGUGGAUCGGGGUCUGGCAGUGAAGAAGAGGAUGAGGAAGAGAGCGAAGACCAGUCGGAAGAGGAAGAGGAGGAGGAAGAGGAGGAGAAGAAGAAGAAGAAAAAGAAGAAGAAAGCUCCCCGGAAAGAAAAGGAGGAUUCGACCUCCUCAUCCGAAGAGGACAACUUGUCUGAAAGUAGCUCAACCGAAUCGGAAUCCGAGUCCGAACUGGAGGAAUCUCAUCCCGAGGAGUCAAAGAAGAAAAAGCUGCUUUCCAGCAGAAAACCCCCUCCUAAAGGACCCCAAAAAAGAUUAAAGGAGAUUUCUCUGCUUGACCUGGAUGACUUCACACCCCUAUCUUUGCAGCCGGUCACCACCAGCCCAGUUCUCUCCACUAGCCUCGUGACCGAUCUUGAAGGGCUCACCUUGACUGACUCUUCUCUAACUGCAGCUAUGAUCAGCCCCGUCUUUGGGGCAGUGAAGAAAUAUGAGCUGCUGCAUCGCAUGACUGGGGAAGGACUCUCGGUUGAAUACUAUUUCAGCCGGCAACCUUUUGCUCCUGAUCCCUGCAUGGUAGCUGUGCAGAUCCAGAUCUCCAAUAACAUGGCAGCUGAAGUGAAAAAUAUCCGUGUGGCUGAGCCCAAGCUUCUCUCAGGCAUGCGCAUCCAGGAGUUCAAGGAGAUUGAGUCUCUGGCCCCCGGCGAAACGGUCAGUGUGGUGAUGGGCAUAGACUUCUGUGACUCUACCCAGGUGGCCAGUUUCCAGUUGUGCACACCUACUCGCCAGUUUUACCUGUCCAUCCAAUCCCCAGUUGGGGAGCUGAUGGCUCCAGUGUUCAUGAGCGAAAACGAAUUCAAGAAGGAACAAGGAAAGCUAACAGGGAUGAGUGAAAUCACAGAGAAGCUGACUCUACCUGACUCCUGUCAGAAUGACCACGUGGUUGUGCAAAAGGUGACAGCGGCUGCUAACGUGAGCCGUGUGCCCUGCGGUUCGGAUAAAGAGUACAGGUUUGCUGCUAAAACAGUGAGUGGUGGGUGUCUCAUUUUGAUCACGCUGGAGAAGAGGCCAGACAACUCAGCCCAGCUAACCAUCAACAGUGAGAAGAUGUUGAUUGGUACCAUGUUGGUGAAAGACAUCAUCCACUCCUUGACCCAGGAGUGAUCAAGGUGGAAUUGGAGUCCAUCUCUCAUCUCCCAGAAACAUCAUCUUAGCCAAUGCUUCUGUUGGCUGAAGCCUACACUACCAUGUUUCUGUUGGUUGCGAUUGUAGUCCACGUGGAAAGCAAUGCUUGGAGAAGUGUGUGGGUCUGUGUGUGUGUGUGGGUCUGUGUGUGUUUAGAACACAGGGAAGAUUCCUGUGACUCCACUGCCUUUGUUAUGUAAAUCCUUUCUCUGUCCUCUCCAUUCUUCUGUUCUACAGCUCUAUUUAUUAUGAGCAGAGACGGUUCAAUAAAAUGGCUCCUUAGA